AUGGAUAUUAAUCGAUGGAAAUUCAUUCUUUUAGAAUGGAUAAAAUCAACCAAUUUAGUUGAAGUAACUGGAUCUCUUGAUCAUGUUGAUCUUGAAAAAUUUUAUGAAAAAGUUUCACAACGCCUUUAUCAUAGCAAGAGUCAUCAGACUGAAAGUAUUGGAGCUUUUUUAGAAGCCUACUUUUCAUCAUAUGAAGUCCUCAACAGUGACACAAGCAGUAUUUUGCCACAAGAUCAUGUAUAUGUCUUCUCCAUUCUUCUCUACCAUUCUUGCGUUCAAAAAUCGAAUGAUUAUUUCCAAAAGUCCUGUAGAAAUCUCGACGUUAAGCAUCAAAUAUCAAUUGCGAAAUUUUUCAGCUACAUUAAAGCUUCAAUUGAUAAAGAUAAAAAUGUAAAGAUUACAAAGGAGUUUCUUCGACAAGCUGUAAAAGAAGCAUGUCCAAUGCAAUCAUCACCGCAUUUAAACUUCUUGUCUCUUGGAAGUCCAUUGAGGACACCGAAGGCAAAAUCAACACCAACGUCAACCCCGAAUAAGGAAGUGUUUAAUGAAAGAAUGAGGGAAUUGAAAAUGACAAAGGCACAGCUGGAAAAUGAAAGAUAUGAGAAGAAUAUGCUUGAAAUUGAGAUCAAACAGAAUCAGGAUAAAGCUGAAAGUCUUGCUCAAAAAUGCAAAGUUCUGUCAAAUGAAGUCCAAACCCUCAAAACUGAGCUUUUAAUUGAACGAGAAAGUGAAAAUUUCUCUCCAAAUCGUAAGCAACGAGAAUCCCAAAUUCGUACAAAAAUGGAAAAGGAAAUUAACUCUCGGGAGGAUAAAAUCUCUGAUCUUAAAUUUGAUAUUGACAAUUUGACUUCAACAAAUGAGAAAUUUCAAAAUAAAAUUUCCGUUAUGGAUGCUGAAAUGAAUAAUUUAAGGAAGAAAAUUGACAAUCUUAAUGAUGUCAUUAACGAUAUGGAAACAAAAAUUGAAUUGAAAAAUGAGAAAAUUCAUGAAUUAGAAGAGAUUAACAAGGAAUUGCUGGAAAUUAUUAAUGAAAAUAAAGGAACUCCAGACAAAGAUGCAAGUUUAGACUUUUCGUAUUACGCAAGCCACACGAUGGGUUUGAAUAUGUCAGAAAGUGGUGAAAGCAUAGCCAAAGGUGUCAUCGACCUUCAACUUAAGGAAAAAGAAGUGGAAACUCAAGCUCUUAAUGAGAAAAUUCACAAUUUGGAGAUGAAAAUUGAAGAUAAUUUACAAUCAAUUUAUAAACUUCAAACUGAAAAGAAGGAGAAAAUCAAGGAAAUUGACUUUUUAAGUGAAGAUUUGCGUGCUCUUCAAGUCAAAAACUUUGAAAUUCAAACUCAAUUUGAAGCAGAGAAGCAGAUGUGCAGCAAGUAUUUGGCAGAAAACACAAAACUCCGAAAUGGAAUUGAAAAUUCUCAAAAAUUGAUAGAAAGUUUAGAAAAUGAUAUCAAAAGGAUUUAUGUGGAAGCUGAGAAGGGAAAAGAGGAAGUUCAAGCAGCUAAAAAUGCCCAAGAAGAAUCAAAUGAGCUAUUAAAGCUUGAAAAAAUAAAUUGUGAUGAGCUACAAAGUAAAAUUUCUAACUUAUUGAAGGAAAUAACUGAAAAAGAUAUUAAAAUAUCAGAGAUGGGCACUGAGAUUUUCAUGAAAAAUUCUGAUGUUUUAGAUAAAGAUGCAGAAAUCACAAAAAAAGAUGCUGAAUUGUCUGAAAAAGAUGCAAAACUAUUCGAAAUCGGCCAAAAGAUGUCUGGGAAGGAUGCAAAGCUGUCAAAGCUUGAAGAAAUUUAUAAAAGAUCACUCGAGUCCAUCAAAUCCUUAAGUGAAGAUAAAUUGAUGCUGGAAACUGUCCAUAAAGUUGACAUAAUGAAGAUUAAAGAGAAACAUUCCAAGGACAUUGAGCAAAUUAUCGCAUCAAAAGACAAAAUCCUUGAGUCCAUGGAAGAAAGUCUUAAUAGAAAGAUCAAGGAGUCUGAGCUAUUCCAUACGUCUAUGGAAGAAAGUCUACAAUCAAAGAUUAAUAGAUUGAAUCGACAGGCAUUAGAGCUUAAUAAUAAUUUUAAGGAAAAAGAGGAAAAAGUUGAAAGUUUAAAAAAUUUGAUUGAGAAGAUUGAGCAUCAAAAAACCAGCUUGACAAAAGAUUUAAAGGAAAAAGAGGAAGAACUAGAAUUUAUGGAAGCUGAAAAUGAUGGAAAAUUCAAAGAAAUGAUCGAAAAAAAUUUGAAUUUACAAGACGAGCUGUGUAAAAUGAAUGAAAAAGUCCAAGAAGUUCUUGCACAAUUAAAUUCAAAAGAUGAUAAAAUCAAGGCAUUGAUUAAUGAAAAGAGUAUUUUAAAUAUGGAACUUCAAAGUAUUAAUCAGCAGAAUAAGCAACAAACGUCAAUUCUUGAAGAUAAGUUGAACGAACUACAAGAAGAAUUAACAACAAUUAAUGGACUAAAGAUAUCUGCCGAUUUACAACUUAAUAAUGCACAAUCUAAGUGCGAUGAUUUUGCAUCUGAAAAUGGAAAAUUAAGGAAUGAAAUUUCAAAUUUGAACAUGAAAAUCGAUGAAGCUAAUGAAAUGAUCAGUAAAUUGAAUGAAAAAUUGAAAGAAAACGAGAAACUUUUCACACAAAAUCGCUUAAAAAUUGUCAAAAGUGAAGAGUUGUUAGAAGAAAGUAAGAAAAAACUAUUAAAAAGUGAAGAAUUGUUAAUAUUUUCUGAAGAAAAGUUGAUAAAAUGUGAAGAAAAUAUUAAACAAAUAGAAGAAAAACGAAUUAAAAGAGAGGAAAAAAUUGAGGAGCUUUUAGCGAACUUAAAUGAAAAACAAAGCAAAUUAAAUAUUACAGAGCAAAUUUUGAGAGAAAAUGAGGAAAAUCUCAAAAAAUGUGAAAAAAAUCUGAAGCAAAAGGAUGUAAUUUUAAACCAAAAAGAGCAAAAACUAGCAGAAAGUGAUGAAAAACUAAAGAAAAUCAAACGCGACCACACAGACAUUCAGCAAAAGCUCGUUCAAAUGGAAGAAAAAUUGUUGCAAACCGAAUCAGAGUUAGCAGAUUGUAGAAAUCAAUUGAACGAGUCUGAAGAUAAAUUAAAGCAAAAUGAGUGCAAAUUUGUGGAAAAUAAGCAACAAUUAUUACAAAAUCAAGAAAAGUUGACACAAGUUGAACAAGAACUUGUACUUACCCAAAAAAAUCUAUCAAAAUGUCAAGAAGAAAAAUUAAAAGCUGAAGAAACAAUCACACAGACCUUCGAGGACCUCAAAAAAACUUUAAAAACUCUCGAAGACACACAACAAGCUUUAUCAACUCUUCAACAAACCAACGCUGAAGCUACAGAGCGAUUUAACUUUGAAAUUCAAAAUCUUACCACAUAUUUAGCCAGCAAGGAAUCAGAAAUUCAAAAUAUAUCCACAAAAUCCAAUUCAGAGAUUUCUCACCUCACAAAUGUUAUCUCAGAAAAGGAAUUGAUGAUCGAAAAUAUCGAAUUUGAAAAAUCCUUUUUAUAUGAGUCAAAAGAGAGUCUCGUUCGUCAAAAAGCAAUCUGUGAAAAUGAAAUUCAGGAGUUGAAAGGUCUGGUAUCUUCAAAAGUUAAGAAAAUUCUUGAGAAUGAAGAACAAAUUCAAGAAAAGAAGGAAAACAUUGAAAAUUUAGAAAAAUUCGCUGAAAGUAUAAAGACACAAUUAAAAGAUGCUAAGUCGCAAAAUAAGAAGCAGAAGGUGGAAAUUGAAAAGUUGCAGAGGACCAAAACUGAGAAUGAGACUUUGAUUGAUGCACAGAAUGUUAACAUUGAUGAAUUGAGAGAUGAAAAAACUAAAAUUGAGGAGAAAAUGAGGGAAAAAUCUGAGGAAUUUGACAUCAGUUAUGAAAAAUUGACCAAAGAAAAUGCAAAACUGAAUCAAAAAGCUGAAAAUCUGUCUCAACAAGUUCAAAACUUGAAUAAAAAUAUUGAAGAUUUGAAAGAAAAAAAUGCAAAGUCUGCAGAAGAAGAAAAGCUUAAAAUAGAGGAUAUGGCCAACAAACUGCAAGAUUCAAACCAGAAACUGCUUGAAGCAACCCAAAAACUCGAAGAUUCAAUCAUCAAACUUCAAAGCUAUACUCAGCAAAUUCAUACUCUCAAUCAAAAUAAAGCUGAUCUUGAUGAAAAGAUUGUCAAUUUAAGGAACAACCUCUCACACAAAGACUCUCAAAUUAUGGAAAAUGAAGAUAAAAUCAAUCAGCUGUCAACUGAACUACAACAAAACUUAGAAGCACUUAAUGACACAAAGUUAUCUCUUGAAGAACUUCAGACAAGAUUUAAUACUUUAAAAGAAAGUUCAAUAUCUCUAAAAGAUGAAAAUGAUGAACUAAAUGAGAAAAUUGAAAGCUUAACGAAUGGAAGUAAUCAAGAAAAAUCGGAACUGCUUGAAAAGUUAAAGGUGGAAAGUUUAAAUAUUCAAAAGUUAAAUACAGAAUUGGAAGAUCAAAAGUCAAAAAUUGAGGAAGUCACUAAAUUGAAUUCAACGCUGAAACAGCAGAAAGACACAGCUAUUCAAGGAAUGAUGAAAGUUAAAAGUGAAGUCACUUUUCUAUUUGAGAAAAUUAAUGUAAUUUCUGAGAAUUUCAAGAUUUGGCAGACAGAAAAUAACGUCAUAAAUGAGGAAUUGAGCAAAGCUGUCACGAUUGCUUGUGAAAAGAUUAGAGAAGCUGAUCUUUUGGAAAAGAAGUUAAAUGAAAGUGAGGAAACCAUAAAAGUAUUCAAAGUUGAAUUGCAAAAAGCAGAAAUUGACUUACAAGAAUCAAAUGUAAAGCUUUUGGAAGUAAACGAAAAACUGCAGGAAUCAGAACAUAAUCUGCAAGAAUCCGAGCUAAAGCUUAUAAACUCCGAAAACGAAGUCAAAACUUUCAAUGAAAACUUGACAAAAUCUGAGAAGGAAACCAAAAAUAUUCUGCAAAGUUUAGCAAAUGCCGACGAAAAUGUAAAGAAUUUGGAGGAAAAGUUGUGUGCAUCAGCACAAGAAUGUCAAAAAGUUGAAGAUGAAUUGAGAAAAACCAAGGAAGAAUUAAAGGAAUUUGAGGAAAAGUCAUUGAGUUUAGAAAAUAAUUUAGCUAUUUUAGAGAAACAAUCUGCAAAGUUGAAUGAAGAAUUAUCUGCGAAAACAUUAGAAUUUGAUGAAUUAUCAGCAAACUAUGGUAAACUUUUUAAUCAAAAAGAAGAUGUUGAAUCCAAAAAGUUAUCUUUACAAUUCAAAAUUGCUGAAUUAGAGCAAAAUCAGUCAAAUCAAGAGGCAAUUAACUUAAAAUUAACAGAAGAAAUUGCCAAACUUCACCAAAAAAUCAUAAAUCUCAAACAAGAGCAAGAAGAAACUGCUCAAAAAUUAGCAAAAUCUGAAGAAAAUAAUGUUGAGCUUCACAGAAAGAACAUCGAUCUUCUUGAGCAUUCAUCAAAAGUUGAAAACAAUCUCAAACAAAUGCUAGAACAAAAUUCAGACAUUUCAAAUGAUAUGAAGGCAUUUAAUGAGGAUAUGGAACUGAAACUUAAUGAAAAAGAGGAGUUGAUUAAUAAUUUAAAGAGUAAAGUCAGUGAAUUUGAGAAAGUAAUGGCCGAGGGUCAAAUACAGCUUGCAGAACUUGAAUCUAAAAAGAAUGAACUAUCUGAAAAAGAAUCUCAACUGACAAAUCUAAAAAGUCAAAUUCAAACUCAUGAAAUUCAGUCAAAUGUAUUAAAAGAUAAACUCAAAAAUCUUGUAAUUUCUUAUGAAGCUUCAAUUAAGGAGAUAUCCACCUAUAAAUCAAAUAUUGAAUUGUUAUCCUCUGAAAAGGAAGAAUUUUCUAUGAAAUUUGAAGAACUAUCGGCAAAAUAUCAGGUCUUAGAAUCCGAAAAAGAAGAUCAAACCAAAUUGACCGAGAGUCUUAAGUCAAACAUAACUCAAAUGGAAUCAGAACUUUCUAUGAUGUCAACUCAAAAAUUGGAAUUAUCUGACAAAAAUUCUAAUCUUUCUCAAGAAAUCACGGAGCUUACUGUGCAUUCCUCAUCACUUAUUGCAAUAAACUUAGAACAAUCUACUCAAAUAACGUUGCUUUCACAAGAUUUAGCAGACAAAAAUGCCAAACUUGAAGAAAAAACAGCUCUUAUCUCUGAAAAAUUAGCACAACUUCAAGAAAAGGAAUCAAAAAUCUUAGAAAUAGUUCAGCAAAUUGAAGAACUUAAAGUCACAUACAAUAAUCAGAUUCAAACACUUGAAAUCCAAAUUGAAGCCAACAAAGAAAAGAAUGUGUCAGAAAAUUCAAAGAUUCAAGAGCUAUUAAAGAAGAUAAAGGAACAUGCAGCAUUAGAAGAACGUCUGAAGGAAUUAGAGGCUCUUCAUGCACGCGAGAAAAUUUUUAAUGACAAAAUGAACGAGGAUCAAAAGAUUCUUGCUGCAAAAUUGAUGAAAGCUAGGAAAGAUCUUGAAGAUGGUCAAAAGAUGUGGAAUGAAGAGAAGGAAAAAAUACAACAAGGCAUGCUGGAUGAGAAAUAUAAGUUCGAAGAAGGAAGAAAAGAAGUUCGACUUGAGAUGGAAGGAAAAUUGGAGAAGAUGAAGGAGAAAAUGAAAUCCCUCUAUGCUGAAGAAAUGACAAAGAAGACUCAAAAGAACGAAGAACGACUUCAAGAGCUCCGAGCAGAAAAUCUAUUUCUUAAGCGUAAAAAUGAUGAACAUGAGACACAAAUUGAUAGAUUAACAAAACAAAUCCUAACAUUCAAGGAUUUAAAAUCAAAAUAUGACGAAGCAAUUCGUGAAAAUGAAUUUAUGCGUUCAAAACUAAGAUUUAUGGAGAAAAAUGGUGGAAUGUCCAUGAGUGGAAGUAUUGGAAUGUCUCGAAUGCCAUCAACUACAACACGACUUAAUAUGGCUGGAACUCAAAUGGAAGAUGAAGCGGGCGAAGAGUUCAAUAAUACUUAUUUAAAGGAUUUAAAAUUCGGAAGUGAUUUUUCACUUGAUAGACAAAUGAAUGAUGUCUGUUCAGCAUCAGUUAUGCAGCAGAGAAACUCAAUGUAUCCACAACAUAUGAGGGAUUCGUAUGCAGUAAUUAAUCUUGAUAGAAAUGUUGGUGAGGAGGAAAUGAAGUUCGGUGGGGUUAAUCUCGAUGAUAGUGAUGCUCUUCUCCUACAAAACCAACAAAGAAAGAAGCAAAGCACAUCAUACAAACGUCCAGGACCACCUACACCAUCCAAAAAUGCAGGUAGGCUGUCCAUUGGUGGACAAAGUGAUGUUCAGUAUUCAAAUAUCUUGAAAGAAACGGGAAACAUUGAUAAUGCUGGAAAGAAACAAACACCGGGACGUGUUAUGGCAUUUUUGUCGCAUUUCUCAAAGACUAAAGAUGAGAAAAAUUCAAAAAAGCUCCAAAAGCACCUUAAAAAUCAAAAUAUUGCAUGGAUAGUCCAAGGUGAAUCAGGUGAUCAUAAUGACAGUUUGAGUGGAUCUCAAUUUACAAAGGAAUUAAAUCGAAUGGAAAGGAGAAAUGAUGUAAGAGAUAACAACAGACAGCUUAAUCUUGAAGACACUGAUGUGGAUGAAUUUGAGGAUGAACAAUGGACUGAAGAGUCAAGCAGCAGCGAGGAAAAGAAAAAGGAAGGAAAAGCAUUUUCUCAUUUAAAUGAUUCAAUUAAACAGAAAAAGUUUCAUGAAGAAUUAUUGAAGAAGCAACAGAAAAACUCUCCGGGAAAAGCUCGACGAUUAUCACUUUUGAGAAACAAAAAAUAAGUUAAAAAUAAUUAAGAACUUGCCAUUAUUAUAGCAUUUUUUAAAAUUUUUAAAACUGAGUACUUUUGCUCUCUAGCUAUUGUUAAAUUCAAUUAUUAUUUAAAAUUAUAUAUUUUUUUGUGGGUCUGGUCUCAUUUUAAUUUUUCAUGUUUAAUAUAUUUUAACAUUAUUUUUUAUCUUGCCUUUUAAAUAAAAACUAAGUUAAAUAAAGUUGAAAAUAUUUUUUUUUAUUUUUUUUUCAGAAUAAAUAUUUUUUUUUUAAAUUUAACACUAGGAAAUAUUAUGGCCAUAUCUCUUAAACAAACUUAUCAAUUAAACAAAAGAAAAAAAUGUGUAAAAAUCACGUUUAACUUAUCUUAAAUCUAAAUUCCACUUAACACGUAUCAUCAUUGAUACUUUAACAAGCCGCACGUCCCCAAAUAUAAAUUUUUUUGAAUUUCAUCAAAUUAAGUAAUGCGAUUAUCAGUAAUACGAGAGCUAAUUUGACACAUAAUGACGCAGAUACGUUUUUGAGGGCUUCAGACAUCUUAUCGGCAUAGCAAAAAUCGUCGUUUGCGUUUCUUUUCGCUUUCUGUGGACACCAUUGAGGUGAUUGACUGAGUUGAGGUAACUUUUUUGUGUUCAGAAGCUGACUUACCUCAACAAUUUCUCCAAUUUUCAAGGUCUUUAAUUCCUUCAUAGCAUCACGCGAAUGACAAGCAUCAUCAAAAUCCCUCGUACAAUCACGACCAGCAAAAUCUAGAAUAAGGCUAGGAUCUCCAGGGUGCUUAUCAAUAUAAUUUGUACAGUCAUAAACUGCAUAUUUGUAGAUAAUCCAAACAGGAUUUCCGUUUUUGCCAUUUCCUUGCUCACGGACUUCUUUCAAAGUAUAAUAUUUGGUGGCUGUUGUGAUUGUCAUUGUUGUGUCGAUUAGUGUAUCAAAAUUAGUACUGAAUGAUAUAUUAUUGUUAGUAACUCCUUAUAUACUCGUAUUAUUCGAUGUUAAGGUUGUACGUGAGAUAAAAUGCUUUUUUUAAAG